UGUGUUUCAUUCCGAGGCGCUUGCUCCGAAACGAAGAUCCCGCCGUGAGAAACGCGUCGUUCCGUCCGCUCGAAAUUCAGAUACCUAAUUCAGAUACCAAUAUAUAUUUAUAUUAAAAUAUAAAUGCCCGAUUAUUUAUGGUUUUUCGUGUGACCGCGAGCAGCUUAAAUUAAUAAUAUUCAGCAGAAAAUAGGCGUGAAAAUAAAAUAAAUUUGUGACCAAUUUAAAUACAAAUUAAGCCACAAAAUGAGCCUAAAGUUGGUGGCAAUCGCUUGUGUUUUUCUGGCCUUGGGAUUAAGCCAGGUCCUGGCCGCUGCCGUAACCACAGUGCGUCCUUACAAGUUCGGCUUCACCAUCGACGAGCAACAACAUCGAGCGGAGCAAAGAGAUGAACGCGGCAUUGUUAUGGGCGAGUUUGGGUUCAUCACCGCCGAUGGAAUCUAUCAUGUGACGGUCUAUGCCACCGACGAGGAGGGCAGGUUCCGGAUAAUAUCCAUGAAGAGCUACCCCUACGCAGGACCCGUUUCGACCAAGUCCUCGCCGGCUACCACAACACCGAAGGCUUUGCCAGUGGCAGCCACUCCGCCCAGGAGUGCAUUUAAUACGGAGGGAUGUGCUGGAUGUUUCCUGAAGAAGACCUCCGUUGCGAGCGCAGGAAAAACCGAGAUUCGCACCCUGUCCAAGCCUCUUGAGCCAUCGAAUGCUCAGGCAGCACCAGGUAAUGAUCGGGGAGUAAAUGUGGAGCUGCCGUUCCGUAAUUCCCUUGAACAGGCUAUCCUGGGCCUGCCCCAGGGAACUCCCCUCACACUUACACAUCACAACACCUACACGAACACCGACACGAGCGCACCCACCAAACAAAUCCAUCAGGGUCUUGACCUGGCCAUGAAGACGUACACCACGACGAAACAGGCGGUAACAGGACACGUGAGUACUCAGACACAAAGCUCCCACUCGCCGAAAAGCCCCCACACAGUGGACUUCAAUGUGGGCGUGAUCGUAAAGGAGUCAACGGCAUCGAGCCACAACCCUCUGAACAUCAAGUUGAGUCAGGCGGACUUCAGGAAACCGAGCCCCUACAGUGGAGGUAAUGCAGCGCUCUUGCCCCUUUCCAAACAGCCCCUUGUCCCUCCUGCCACAGUGCCCGCCAGUGAUGUGAAAAUCUUUGCCGUCGGAAGUUCAGGACCUCAAGCUGCCAGCUCCAACAUCCAGAAGAUCACCCAACAUCCGGCCGCUGGCUUUGGCCAUGUUACCAAAUCGGGAGUUUUGGCCGCCAAGAGGGUUUCCUCCUCCAAGUCAUCGUCGUCUGCGGGCGCCCCUAGGGUUCCAACAUACACUCCAACACCAACACUCAAUACACACACACCACUUUCCAGUUCACCAACCCUUACGAGAGUUUCUGGAGAAGCAGCCAAUGCAGCAACCGGAAAUGCAGCCCCAGCCAAUAAGUACGGUGGAAGCGGUUCUUCCGGAGUAGGAGGAGGACCCUCCGGCGCAGGUUUAUUUGGAGGAAACAAGGCUUCUGGCGGAUCAUCUAGCGGUGCGUUUGGAUCUGGUGGAGGCGCUGGAUCUGGUGGAUCAUCUAGUGGGGCUUUUGGACCUGGUGGUGGCGCUGGAGGAUCAUCUAGCGGUGCUUUUGGGUCUGGUGGAGGCACUGGAGGAUCAUCUAGCGGUGCUUUUGGACCUAGUGGAGGCCCCCAGAGAGGCAACACUGUUUCGGGAACCAUUAGCCGUGGUGGUGCCACAGGUGCAGGUGCAUCCGGCGCCACGGGAGACCUGUACAAGUUUAAGUACAUCCUUGACUACAACGGACACGAGGAGACCGGCGGUCGCAAUGGCGACAAACAGGGCAGCUACUUCGCCAUCGGCGAGGAUGCAGUCGAGCGGACCAUCGAGUACAUUGCCAACGAGUUCGGAUUCCAGCCGCACGUCAGCUGGCGAAAACUGGACACCAAGGCGUCCCUGCCCCAGGAGAACUCCCUCAAGCACUACGAAUUCAAGUGGUUCAAUCAACCGGAGUGAAUUUCCCUAAAAACAUAGGUAGCCUUCUUCCCUCUACCCCCCUCUUGCUGUACAUAAAAACAUUUGUUAAUUUUCGAAUAAAAA